GCUUCCCCGUGACCCGUGAGAGUAAUUAACGGAUACAAAAUGGGGGAUGCUGAAAAGGGAAAGAAGAUCUUUAUCCAGAAGUGUGCUCAGUGCCACACAGUUGAAAAGACUGGGAAACACAAGACUGGGCCUAACUUAUGGGGUCUCUUCGGCCGGAAAACUGGACAAGCCCCGGGAUUUUCUUACACUGAUGCAAACAAAAGCAAAGGCAUUGUCUGGGGAGAGGAUACGCUGUUUGAAUAUUUGGAAAACCCAAAGAAAUAUAUUCCAGGAACCAAAAUGAUUUUUGCUGGCAUAAAAAAGAAGAACGAGCGCUUAGAUUUGAUUGCCUACUUAAAGAAGUCCACAUCAGAGUGAAUAACAUUGCAGCACAGGACUGUGUUUUAAGGAAUGGAUCUUCAGUUGAAUUCCACACGGGCUUAUGUUGAGUGUGCAUCUUAUUAAACAGAGACUCCAAUAAAAGUGAAUGUUGGCAGGAUUGUGGGAUGAUAUCUAUAGCCAUUUAUUUAUUCAUAAUUACAAGGAAAUAUAUGUAAACUCUAUGGAUGUAGCAUUGUGUAUUGUCAAACUUCACUUCUCUGGUGGUGGAUGCUGGCCUCACUGCUGAGGGUUUACUUAAUUUUAUAUUACAUUCUGUUAUGGAAUGAGUAAUAUCAGUGUUCUGUUAAAGUUUCAGAACUCCUGUGUGUGCAAUAACUUGUGCUACAUUUGUAUUACUUUGAGAGGUUUUAUUGUUAAUGGUAGAUUAAUACUAUUAGAAGUCAUACUACUGAACUUAUGCAUCUAUACUUUAUUCCAGUUAUGUGUUUUUAAAAGGAACAGUAGUACUAAAAUGAAACAGUCUUUAUAUAUACUUCAAUAUAACAAACCUUGCUGUUCUUAAGCAUUUUUAUCUGUUCUUUAUAGGGUUGCACUGAAUCCACUAUUUUGGAUUUGGCUGAAACCCCAAUGCUAAAGAACUAACGAUGCACCGAAUCCAGGAUUCGGCCGAAUCCUUUUGCCCGGCCGAAUACCAAUCCGAAUCCCAAUUUACAUAUGCAAAUUAGGGGUGGCAAGGGGAAAACAUUAUUUACUUCCUUGUUUUGUGACAAAAAGUUACACAAUUUCCCUCCCUGCCCCAAAUUUGCAUAUGCAAAUCAAGAUUCGGUUCAGCCGGGCAGAAGGAUUCGGCCAAAUCUGAAUCCUGCUGAAAAAGGCCGAAUCCCGAACCGAAUCCUGUAUUCGGUGCAUCCCUAGUUCUUUGGCAGUUCUAAUAUCUUAAUUCUAAUUGAGUGGUUGGCUGGAAAGACCCAGCCUAAAAGGCCAGUUAGAAUUUGCAGAGAAUAGUCUAUAUAUGCCUGGACGCCCUAAAAUUUGGGGUGAAUACUGAUUUGAUAUACUUGAUAUUAUUGAACCUAUAGCUGAAAUACUGAUAUUACUGUGCAAUCAUAUGUCUCUAACAUUUGAGCUAAGGGGAGGUGUCUAAAGGAUGUCAUUAAACACAUUUGUAGCAAUGGAGGUAGCCAGUAAGAUUCUGUAGGGCUACUCAAUUCACUUGGCCUAGCUGUAACAGGUGUCAUAAACGAGAGCCAUAUAGUAUUAUUGCUCUCUGUACAUCUGCAGCACAAAAAACACCUCUUAUACAUAAUAAGGCUUGUUGCCAAGAAUGAUUUAAUUUUCAGGUUGUAGAUUGUUAAACCUCUUUUAACUACCAACAUGCCAGUUUCUGUUGUAACAAUGUACAUCCCAACACUUAUUGGUGAAAAGCAUAAAAUGUAGCACAAGUAAAGGCUGUGGUCAUUUUUAAGGAUCAUUUUAUGUAAUGCUUAUUGCAUAUCAACAUUCAAGUGAUAUUGAAAUAUGGUUAUAAAUAUAUAUUUGAAUUUCAUGUUUUCAAAACCCAUUUCCUCUUCACCCACUACAGCACUUUGUAUAUUCUUUCAGGCAUUUAAAGGUAGCCACACACAAAGGAGGUUGGCCAUUCCAAGGUGUUCAAGGAGAACAGAACCCUAUUAUAUCACUUUGGUCUACUGCAGAGAACACCAAACCACCCUCCUGAAUUGAACCAACCAGCUACAAUAACAGGGUCCUGUUCUCUCAUACCUCAUGAUAAAAUGUAGCACAGUAGGGCAGUGCCUGCCAUUUCUGAUCACUUGUUUCCUUGUCUCUAGGUAUGUGCAUAGUCUUCACAAGUGUUCAUCACUAUAGAGCCUGCUAGAGGAAGGCAAGUGGUCAGAGAUGGAGGCCUCCAACUUCAAGUGAUAUUGAAAUAUGGUUAUACAUAUAUAUUUCAAUUUCAUGUUUUGAAAACCCAUUUCCUCUUAACCUACUACAGCACUUUGUAUAUUCAGAUUCAAACAACAGUUUAAAUCAGGCAUUUAAAGGUGGCCACGCACAAAGGAGGAUAGUCAUUCCAAUGUUAACAUUAAUCACCCAUCUCCCCAUGCCUGGAUCACUUGGUCAGCCUUUUUAGAGCCAUUAAUUUGUUCUAUCCUGUUUGAUUGCUGUUGCAGCUUUUUUGCAGCACUAAUUAGUUAGCGCAUGAACAUUAAAGAAUGUCUUUUUUUCA